CCCCCUCAGGGUGUGCGGAGCCGGAUUGCCACUCAGCUCCCGCGCCAGGGGCGACGGAAGCGCCUGGUGCCGGGGUCCAGUCGCAUCCAGCUACCAUCCCUCAGGACCUGACAGGCUGGCCGUGGAUUCUCCAGGCAUCCCCGGAGCCAACAGCUGCCGAAGGCGUCGAGGUGGGAGGGCGCUUGAACAGAACCGUCCAAGCCCUGCCAGUUUUAGUGGCCUUGGGUGCUUGCCUCCUGCCCCUUGGUGCUGCCUGCUGAUGUGCCCAGCCUGUGCCCACCAUGCCGCCCUCCAUCUCGGCCUUCCAGGCUGCCUAUAUUGGCAUCGAGGUGCUCAUCGCCCUAGUCUCCGUGCCUGGGAACGUGCUGGUGAUCUGGGCAGUGAAGGUGAACCAGGCACUGCGGGAUGCUACCUUCUGCUUCAUCGUGUCACUGGCAGUGGCUGAUGUGGCAGUGGGUGCUCUGGUCAUCCCACUUGCCAUCCUCAUCAACAUUGGGCCACAGACCUACUUCCACACCUGCCUCAUGGUCACCUGCCCUGUCCUCAUCCUCACUCAGAGCUCCAUCCUGGCCAUGCUGGCAAUUGCUGUCGACCGCUACCUCCGUGUCAAGAUCCCGCUCAGGUACAAGACGGUGGUGACUCCCCGAAGGGCUGCGAUGGCCAUCGCUGGCUGCUGGAUUCUCUCCUUCCUGGUAGGCUUGACGCCUUUGUUCGGCUGGAACAACUUGAGUGAAGUGGAGCAGGACUGGGUGGCCAACGGCAGUGUGGGUGAGCCCCUGAUCAAGUGCGAGUUCGAGAAGGUCAUCAGCAUGGAGUACAUGGUCUAUUUCAACUUCUUCGUCUGGGUGCUGCCCCCACUGCUGCUCAUGGUCCUCAUCUACCUGGAGGUCUUCUACCUUAUCCGCAAGCAGCUCAAUAAGAAGGUGUCAGCAUCCUCGGGCGACCCGCAGAAGUACUAUGGGAAGGAGCUGAAGAUCGCCAAGUCACUGGCCCUCAUCCUCUUCCUCUCUGCCCUUACCUGGCUGCCCCUACACAUCCUUAACUGCAUCGCCCUCUUCUGCCCUUCCUGCCACAAGUCCAGCAUCCUCAUCUACAUCGCCAUCUUCCUUACACACGGCAACUCGGCCAUGAACCCCAUCGUCUAUGCCUUCCGCAUCCAGAAGUUUCGGGUUACCUUUCUUAAGAUUUGGAAUGACCACUUCCGCUGCCAACCUGCACCUCCCAUUGAUGGGGACCCUCCAGAAGAGAGGCCAGAUGACUAGACUCCACCUCCUGCUCCCACCUGCCCACAUCUGGGGCAUCUCAGCCCAGUCCUCACCUCCAUACUGUCCCACUUGUCUCCCUUAUCUCCCCGACUCUUCCCCACUGGGCUGCGGGCUGUGGGUGCCUUGCACCUCUGGGGCUUGGAGGAGGUUUGGGAGGGCAGUCCAUGGGGAAAGAACCAGGUAACCUGAUGGGAGGAGGAAAGUUGUCUGGGCAGAGCCUGGGGACUCUGAGACUGCCAAGGGGCCCUGUGUCUGAGGGUGAGCUCAGCUCUCACAGCAGGCAGGGAAGUGUGCUUGUCUUAGGUUGUUGUGGUGUAGCCCUGGGACCAAGCUUAAGGAGAAAAGAAGAUACCCACCAAGAUGGAAGGAAGGAGAGAAGCUGGAUAUCCUGGCUUUCUUUCUCUCUUUUUCUCUAGGAAAAAGUGGCCAGAACCACUGACAAGCAGGAAUCAAGGAGCUUCAGUCCCCACCUCCCAGAACCCUGCGUUCCCAGCCAUGCUGGGUGUCAGGGUGCCUGUUCUCCUUCACCUGGGUAUCCUGGGGUUAUACUUGGUAGAGGAAGAAAGAAAGAGUCCAGAAAUAAUUGCCAAUAUUUGUUUUAUUCUCCACUAGCCCUUGGGACCUGAGUGGCAGCUCCAAGCCCCAGCGCUAGUGUGGAAUGUUAGAUGUGGACCUCAAGGAGCCACUAGGUGGCAGCAUUGAGCCCUCAUUCUUGCCUGAGCGUCCUAAGUGGGAGCCUGGUGGAGCACACCUGUCAUCCAGGCCACCAGCUCCACCAGCCCCUGAUGAUGGGCCUGUACCCUCCUAGGUGACACCCAUCUCUGCUGCUUCUGGGCCAGAUGGCGAGGAGAACUCCAGACAUGCCAGCUUUGGGGAGCAUUCUGCCUGCCAGGGGAUGAGAUGGAUGAGGGAAAGCAGGCUACCGUGGACAGUCUGGGAUGGAGUGAGACAGGCUAGUCAGGCCAGAGGAGACUAGCCUCCUGAGUGUGUGGACAGGAAAGUCUUGCCAGCAUUUACGUUCCCUCAGUACCCCUUGCACUUAGCACAGUUUUCAUGGGCUUUGAGGCUCUGUUACAGGGUCUAGGCCUUUAGCCUAGACCCUUGGGGAAGGGUUCACUCCCUGCCAAGUCCAGAGCCCCUUAUCAGAGGGGAGAGGGGCCAGGUUCCAAGUGUGAAUAGCAACUCAGGCCCUUUCUUCUCUCAGAUGUGGGAUGUCCCCUGGCCCCCUGACUAAUAAAAGAUUGUGAAGCCUCCUGGA